AUGCGGGACAAGAUGCCCAAUGUUCAAAAAAGUAUUGUAAGGAAUGCUUUGUUGGGUAUUGAACAAUUAACGUGCUUGACGUUCAUUGAAGCCACUGCAUCCGAUUAUAUAAGUGUCGUAAGUGGCCUAGGAUGCAUUUCAUACGUUGGUAGAAUGGGAGGAAGACAAGAGCUGACCCUUGCAGAUAAUUGUUUCGCGGAGGGAAUAAUUCAACAUGAAUUCAUGCACGCUAUUGGUUUAAUUCAUGAACAAUCCAGAUAUGACCGUGAUGAUCAUAUAACGAUUAACUGGGCCAACAUUAAAGAAAACUAUAUAGACAACUUCGACAUGGUUCUUCCGUUUUUUUUGGACGUGCAGGGAACUGCAUACGAUUACGGCUCCUUAAUGCACUAUGGUCUGUACGACUUCGCCAUUGACACUAAUAUUAGAACGAUUAUACCUAAGACGGAUACUGAUAUUUUCAUUGGUCAACGAAAUGGCCCAAGCGACACGGACCUUGUUGAAAUAAAUACAUACUAUGGAUGUACACAUGAUGGAAACUGGUCCCCUUGGAGUGCAUGGACGGAUUGUUCAGUGACAUGCGGUGGAUCUACCGAGACAAGAACUAGACUGUGUGACAAUCCUGCGCCAUCGACGACCCUCCCAAUAGGAGCACCAUGUGCCGGCGAAAACACCGAAAUCCGGACAUGCAUGGUGAAUGAUUGUCCGUUAGAUAUAGAUUACGAUUACAAAGGCUGCUGGUCUGAUAUUAGUCUGCCGGCGUUGCUACCUUCAUUGGAAAAUACGGGUAAUCUGUAUUUAGAUGGUGAAUAUACAUCAAGGACAGACAAGACCAGGGUAAAGUUAUUUUCGCCCAAUAAAUAA